AUGCAAGAUUAUAUAGAUAGAGCACCAUUAUCACUAGAUAAAGAUAGAGUUACAUGUUUAUUAUUAAUAAACACUCAUUUAAUUAAAAAAUGUAGUGGGAUGUAUAAUAAUAUGUUAAGUAAUCCACAAUUUAUGCAACAAAUGUCAAAUGAAAAUAGAUUUAAUGUAACUCAAUCUUAUACAAACGCUUUGAAAAGAUUACAAUGUAAUUUAGCUACUUUACAUUAUUUGAAUGAGAAAUAUCAUGGAAAUCAACCUUUAAUCAAAGCUAUAUAUCCUACAAUUGUUGUUGCUCCUCCUGAUAUGCCUGAAUUAAAUCCAUUAUAUGGAAAAUUACAAGAAUUAUAUGGUGAUGCUAUGCAACAUUUAAAAAUGAGAAUGGAAGAAAUGAAAAGGCAACAACAACAACAGAUGUUUCAGCAACAACAACAACAGCAGCAGCAGCAGCAGCCAAUGCAACCUAUGCAGCAGCAACAACAACCUCAGCAUCAUAAUCAGCAACAACAACAACAACAACAACAACAGAGACCACCAUCACAACAACAACAGCAGCAACCACAACAAAAUCUACAACAACAGCAUCCUCAACAACAAAAUCUACAACCCCAACAUCAACAUCUCCAAUCUCAACCAUCAUCUCAACCUCCAUCUCAACCACCUUCUCAACCACAAUCUCUGCAUUUACCACAACCUUCAACACAACCACUUGAUGAUUUAAUGCUUACUGGUAAUGACUCAACAUUCAAUUCGUCACAAACUCCAAUGAAUGAUUUUCAGAAUAAUGGAUUUGGAAAUAAUAAUGGUAAUAAUUCUAGUGGAAAUACUGGUGGAAAUGGAAAUAAUAAUAAUAAUUUUAAUCCAAUUACAACUUUAUCACCUCAACAAAUUUUACAACAAGCAAAUGAAAGAAAUACACCUUUAAAUACUAAUGAUUUUGGUGGAAUGUUUUAA